AUGAUGGACAAUGAAAUAUUGCCGACUCAACAUGAAAUGGAUCAACUUCAACAACAUCAGCACCGACAACAAGCACUGUCCAAUGUUUUCCAUUCAGGAAGCAUCAAUAUUGGACAUGGAACCAAGAGUCGUGCUGGAUUAGGUGCAAGUAAAACUAGUCAAAAUAGCAAUCCCAGUGACGCCGGUAACUGAAAGGUCGGAGAUACUUGACCAUGAAUGUAAGAUGUUGUCAUCAAGGAACUUCUUUGUAAGACUUUGCAUUGAAUCAUAAGUACGCUAUAGAGGCUCCGUGAAAGUUUUUCAAGCAUUCGUAAAGAUAGAAGCUGCCUAUUUUUUUUUCAAAUGUAUUAACAUCUCUGUGGAACAUCAUAGUCUGUUAGAAGGCUCUAGAAGACAUGAGAAGAGAGUUUUUUCUUAUAUUUCAGAUUCGUUGAUUAUGUUAUCACUAAUUUAAAUAUAUCGUACGAUAUGGGCAUGAGAAUAAAAGGAUCCAAUUUAGCAGAAGCCGAACGGUAUCUUCAAGCAGCUGGUUCAGAUUGCAAACAUACUCAUGUGAAUGGAUCAAAGAAAUUCUCCACUGUUAAUGAUGCUGAAUCAUACAUCGAUACAUUAUCAGUUGCGUGGAAUUUGAAUUCAAAUAAGAUGAACAGAAUUUUCAUUGCUGAAAUAAAAGCUCAAUGUCAACUUGUGGGUUCUGGUGAAUGUGAUCAUUGGCAUAAUGAGUUUACUCAGGGGGCGCAAAGAGGAAGCGGAAAAUAUGUAUUGGUUCACAUUAUGGUGACUGAUUCUCGAUCAAUAAGGGUGAGUUAUACCCAACAUGAGAUCAGUUUAACAUUGGGAAAUAGUCAGACCUAUUCAACAUGCGCCGAAGCCGCUAUGAAAGACUGGUUAAAAUUGAAAGCAAUGGAAAACCUUCGCGAAAUGGUUGCAGAACGUGAGCUUCCAUCGAUAAUUUACGAAUAACUUAUUGUCAAUUUUGCCGAUUUAUUUUUGUGUCUGUUGACACUAAACUAGUCUGUAUGUGUGUGAAAAUGGUUUUCUUGCUUGUAAGCCUUUUGUUCAAAUUUAUUGAAAAUACAUUUUAUACGAAUAUAAUGAAAGUUUGUGGUCGAUUCACGACUGAGCGCGCACAUCUGCAUGUGAGAUCGUGAUCCGGUCAUUGAGACGUUUGAGGGUGUUGAGUGAUUUUUGAGUGAGUAUCGGAAUCCAUUUAAUACGGUCGGUGUUUUUGUUUUCACCUUAACACAUUGCAUGCGAUUUGAUCCAAUAGAUUGGCGAUGUGACCCACCGAUCGGUAACGUCGCCGCCAGCGUGUUAAAACUUUCUGAACUCACUGUUAGACAGCUCUCAGUUCACUCUCUACCCGCCGUAAAAAUCAGGCUCCUACACCGAUAUAUGGAAUUUUAGCAAUUUUUUCUCGUCAAAAUAACCUAGUUUUUGAGGUUAAAAAGAGGUGCACUUCCACUUAUUUCUUCCCUCAUCCCAUUUCUAUUCUUAUCUGACUUGAUAUAUAACAUAUACCAUUCGACAGAAAAAAGAACGCGCUACAUGAUGGAGUACUUUUUAUCCAAAACACAACUCGAGAAAGGUGUAAAAUUUAAGAAAUACUCAUAUGCUGUUAUAGAUCUUUAGUAAAUCUCGUUUUUCUUCACCAUAAUAACAUCAAAAUUAACUUUCAAAUAAAUCAUUGGAAAGAGCGUUUAAAACUGCAUAAGCACGACUCUACGAUGAAUUUCUGAAACCAAUGUAUUACAUUGGAAGCGAUCUUGAUUCAUAGAUUGACCGCAAUGGGACCCACAGGGGGGUCUCAUCGCUGUGAAUGUGUUAACUUGGAGAGUUUUGACUUAUGUAAUAUUAGAACUCUAAAGAUAUCCCACGAGUCCCUUGCGAAAGGAGCAAAUUGGUCGUGUCAAUCCUCUGAACUCUAUAAUCUUUAUUUCUAAUUUUGGAAUUAUUACGAAAAACUUCUUAACUUCUUCAAAUUAUUACAGAGAUUUGAAUUUCUAUGUAAUAGAAGAUUGUAAACAUGUUUGAGGAGUCCCUUAAGCAAGGACGAAACUAGUCGUGUGAUGCUUUGAAUUUAAAAUCUUAUCUCCUAUUUUACUGAAAAUAUUUGAUAGGAAUUAUUAUGGAUUGAGUCUUAACUUCUCAGUAUAUCUGAUCGAGUUCUGAUUCUAUAUGUAAUAAUAAAUUCUCAACAUGCCCGUAGAGUCCCUUAAGCAAGGACGAAACUAGUCGUGUGGUGCUUUGAAUUUAAAAUCUUAUCUCCUAUUUUACUGGAUUUUGUUAUUACGAAUUAAUUUUAAACUACUUCAAAAUACUGGAGAGUUUGAAAUUCUUAUGUAAUAAUAGAUUGUAAACAUGCCUGAUGAAGAUCAGAUUCAGCCCUGAUCGAAACGCGUCGUGUGGUGCUCCCAAUCUCAAAAACUCUUUUAUAAUAAAAUUAUUAAGUUAUAUCUUUCUUUAUUUAACUAUGCCUAAGCCAUAACUUCUUCAACUUUUUGGAUGAGUUUUGACUUAUAUAUAGUUCUUCUGAAAUUCUAAACAUACCUGAGGAGGACCCUUAAGCAAGGUCGAAAUCCGGAUCGUGUGAUGCUCUGAAUUUCAUUUCUUUAUUUUAAAAUUAUUGUGUGAUGCUCUGAAUUUCGAGUCUUGAGUUCUUUAUUAUAUGAAUUAUAUUCAGUCUUUUAUAUAAUUAUGUUUUAGCCAUAACUUCUUCAAAAUUUGGAUGAGUUAUGACUUCCAUGUAAUUAUGAAGUUCUAAACAUGCCUGACGAGUCCCUUAAGCAAGGACGAAACGCGUCGUGUGAUGCUCUGAAUUUCGAGUCUUGAGUUCUUUAUUAUAUGAAUAUAUGUUCUACAGGUCAAAAAACCCAAAGGUCAAAUCAAAAUACCUAGUUUAUUCGAGUAUAUGAUCGAGACUAGGGAAAUAUCGGAAAAAAUAGGAAACAUUCUAAUAUAUUUCAAUAUAUGUUGUACAGGUGAAAAAAAGAAAGGAUGAAAUAGA